UUAGUACUCAACAAAGAAGAAGAAGAAGAAGAAGAAGAAGAAGAAGAAGAGAGUUUUAGAGAGAGAAAGAGAGAGUUUUUUUUAGAGAGAGAGAGAGAGAGGGAUGGAGAGUUGGAUAGGGUUAGGCUCAGCCCUAGGAAGUCUUGCGUUCUUAUAUCCCAUGGUGCAGAUGUACUUCCCCCAGCAGCUCCAAUCCUACCUCGCAGAAUACACCAACAAGCUCUUCUGCUACUUCUACCCCUACAUCCAACUCACCAUCCCCGAAUACUCCGGCGAACAAAUGUCCCGCAGCGACGCCUAUGCCAACGUCGAGUCCUACCUCGCGGCCUCCCCCUCAGUGCUGCGCCGCGCCCGCAAGCUGAAAGCGGAUAUCGGCCCUAACAGCAAGAAGCUCCUGAUCACGGUGGGCGAGCACGACGAGGUGGUGGACGAGCUCGCCGGGGGCAUGAAGGUGUGGUGGCUCUCGUCGAAGGAGUGGCCGAGUUCGCAGACGAUCACGUGGGGCGGGGCGGAGGACGAGCGGCGGUACUAUCGCCUGACCUUCCACCGGCGGCACCGGGAGUUCGUGUACGGGUCGUACCUCCCGCGCGUGCAAGAGGAGGGCCGCGCCGCCGCCGUCAAGAACCGGCAACGGCGGCUUUUCACAAAUAACCCUAGCGAUAACUGGUACGGCUAUAGGCGUUCGGUGUGGAGCCACAUGCCGUUCGAGCACCCGUCGAGGUUCGACACACUGGCGAUGGACCCGGUCAAGAAGCAGGAGAUCGUCGACGACCUCAUCCAGUUCCGGGACAGCAAGGAGUAUUAUGCAGAGAUCGGCAAGGUGUGGAAACGGGGAUACCUCCUCUUCGGCCCGCCAGGGACGGGCAAGUCGAGCAUGAUCGCGGCGAUGGCGAACCUCCUCGACUAUGACGUCUACGACCUCGAGCUCACCGCGAUAAAAAACAACACCGAGCUGCGCAAGCUCUUCAUCGAGACCACCGGCAAGUCCAUCAUCGUCAUCGAGGACAUCGACUGCUCGCUCGAUCUCACCGGCAAGCGAAACAAGGAAAAGAAGAAGGACGACGAGCCGAAUAAGAACAUGCCACCGGGAACAAACAACAAGGAAGAGAGCAGCAAGGUGACUUUGUCGGGGCUCCUGAACUUCAUCGACGGGUUGUGGUCGGCGUGCGGCGGGGAGAGGAUCAUCGUGUUCACGACGAACCACGUGGAGAAGCUUGACAAGGCGCUGAUACGGCGAGGAAGGAUGGACAAGCACAUCGAGAUGUCUUACUGCGGGUUCGAAGCGUUCAAAGUGCUGGCCAAGAACUACCUCCGCGUCGACAACCAUCACCGUUUCGACGAAGUUCGACAGCUGCUGGAGGAGGUCAGAAUGACGCCGGCCGAUGUGGCAGAGAAUUUGAUGCCCAAGUCGGCGGGCGAAGACGCAGACACGUGUCUUGAGAGGUUGGUCGAGGAGCUGAAGAAGGCCAAGGAAGAAGCAAUGACAGCCGCAGCUGCGGCUGCGGCCGCUGAGGCCGUUAGUAAAGACGGGGCUGUGGGGAGUGGCUAAAUGUAUUAAUUGCAGAGAAGUUUGGAUAUAGCCAUGCUAAUGUUAGACAUAACGAAUCAAAUUAAUUAAUGAUAGGAUUUAGUUAAAUUUAUAGUUCAUCCUAGUUAGAUUAGCAUAAGUAUUUAAAUAUAUUGUGGAUAGAUAUAUAAAGCAAUGCUUAAAAUUUAAAUUACCA